UGCGUGUUAAGUACGGAACGAUCGCGCAGCGCGGCGUCCGUUUGAGGAACGCCGCGCAAAUUAGCAGCCACCUUCACCGGGGAGAAUCAGGGAAGAAAAUCAAAACAAUGUGAGCCAGAGGGUUGCUCGCUGUGCAGCGCCCGUGAUGUUUUGCAUCUCACUUAAUGGUGAAUUAGUCGCUUAGCUCGCCUUCCCAACUAAUAUCAUCUAGCCACCAAUAUUUUGGGUGGCAUUUUAUAGCUGGUGCAGGUACGGUCCAAUGUGCACGUAGAAUGAGUUUCUGAUUGAAAGGUGCGUUUACCUAUAAGUAUUGCUCUUGCGUUAGCUAGCUUUGCAUUUAUCCGAUUGGCCCUUUCCCAGACCAAUUCGGGUGGCUCUUGUACUACUGGUGGGCUAUUAAAGACGUAACUAUUAAGUUACAGUCGAUUGAAGUGCUACUUGGCCAAUUGGCGCGGACAAUCAAAAGGCGGGAAAUACGGAAUGUCCUAUAAGGUGUGAUUGAUCGGAAGUGGGCGGGAAUUCUGCGUGCGUGUCCUAUAAGGUGUGAUUGAUAUGAAAUGGGCGGGGCUUCUGCGUGCGUCAACAUUUUUUGUGAAUGAGGGUAGGUUGUUUUUCUUUUUUUAAAAUGUUCUGGAAAAUGGUGCUUGAUACGGGACGCAUAAGGUAGAGAUCCGAGCCCCAAGCGUACCGUGUCGAUAGACUGCAGACAAGCUGGUGGGCGGAGCCUGAGGAGGCAGAGCGAAGCCUGUGAGGAGAAGCGCCUCAACGCUUCCCCUGUUGGAUGGUGCUUCGCUCGCUGGCCUCGGAGGAGCGCUGAGGUCCUCGGCUCACCUCGUCUGACAAAAACUCACGAUCCCCACCCCUCGCCCAUCUCCACCUGCAGGGGAGUCACUGCCCACACGGGGACGCCCCGCCGAUGAUGAGUUCCCGCAGUCACCCAGAUGGACCUCCCGGCAAAGACCAGUCCCUGCAGCUUCUGAAGCCAUCUGGACUGAACCACAUUCCUUCUGCCUCUCUCUCCUACUGGACAGGACUGCUGAGCGGGUGCCAGGCCCGCAGAUGGCCUGCAGUAGGCACCCCCGCGCGCUUGGCGCCCCGAGCUGGCCCGGCCGCCGCGAGGCAGAUGCUUCGUUCUGUCCGGCACGGCGGGGGAGGGGGCUAUGUGGACCGAGCGGCAGCCGUCGAGGAACGGACCUGGACUCCACGUCCGGCGGCAUCCUCUCGACCUCCAGGUGAACUGCAGACACUGACCUGCCCCCCCUCCCCAGUGGAUGUGAGCUCGGCGCUGCCCUUGCGAGUGCCCCCCACCGCCAUUCCCAUGGACCUGCGCGUGGACCAACAGUUCGGCCUGGCGCCCGGCGUCAGCACGGCCGACCCGACCCGGCGCGAGCAACAACUACAGCAGGAGCUGCUGGCGCUGAAGCAGAAGCAGGAGAUUCAGAGGCAGCUCCUCAUUGCGGAGUUCCAGAGGCAGCACGAGCAGCUCUCCCGGCAGCACGAGGCCCAGCUGCAGGAACACAUCAAGCAUCAGCAGGACCUGCUGGCUCUGAAGCACCAGCAGGAGCUCCUGGAGCACCAGCGUAAGAUGGAAAAGCAUCGGCACGAGCAGGAGCUGGAGAAGCAGCACCGGGAGAAGAAGCUCCAGCUUCUGAAGAACAAGGAGCGUGGCCAGGAAAGCGCAGUAGCCAGCACUGAGGUGAAGAUGAGACUCCAGGAGUUCGUCCUGAACAAGAAGAAGGCUUUGGCUCAGAGGAACCUAAACCACUGCCUGCCUGGAGACCCACGCUUCUGGUACGGGAAAACCCAACACAGCUCCCUGGACCAAAGCUCCCCUCCGCAGACGGGAAUGUCGGCUACCUACAACCACCCUGUCCUGGGAAUGUACGAUCCUAAAGACGACUUCCCCCUUCGCAAGACAGCAUCGGAGCCCAACCUGAAGCUGAGGUCGCGGCUGAAGCAGAAGGUAACAGAGCGCCGCAGCAGCCCUCUGCUUCGCCGGAAGGAUGGCCCCAUUAACACUGCCAAGAAGCGCUCGCUGGACAUGGCCGACUCGGCGUGUAACAGCGCCCCCGGUUCUGGGCCUAGCUCUCCCAACAACAGCUCCAGCAACAUCACCAAUGAGAACGGCAUUGGCAGCUCUUUGUCCGGCAGCCCGGUGGAGCCAUCCCUAGCCCAGCGACUGGUCAGUCGGGAGGGUGCUGUGAGUCAGCUGUCUCUGUACACGUCGCCUUCACUCCCUAACAUCACCCUGGGUCUGCCUGCCACCGGCCCCUCCAGCGUGGCCUCCGGCCAGCAGGAUAGCGACAGGUUGGCGAUGGCUGGCCUGCCCUUGUCCACGCCCUUCAUUCCCGGAGCCCACCUGCCCUCUUACCUGAGCGCCUCGGCCCUGGAGCGGGACGGCACGCCGGCGCAUAACCCCCUCCUUCAGCACAUGGUGCUCCUGGAGCAGUCGGCUGCUCAGGGGCCCCUGGUGGCAGGCCUGGGUGCGCUGCCCCUGCAAUCCCCCUCCAUCCACAAACUGCGGCAGCAUCGGCCCCUGGGCCGCACGCAGUCGGCCCCCCUGCCCCAGAGCGCUCAGGCUUUGCAGCAGCUCGUCGUCCAGCAGCAGCACCAGCAGUUUCUGGAGAAGCACAAACAGCAGUUCCAGCAGCAGCAACUGCACAUCAGCAAGAUGAUGACCAAACCCAGCGAGCCCAGCCGGCAGCAUGAGAGCCAUCCAGAGGAAACGGAAGAGGAGCUGUCAGAGGCUGAGGGCCUGCCCAGGGGGGUCACCAUCAAGCAGGAGCCCCCGGAGGAGCCAGAAGAAGAGCAGCAGCUGCAGAGGGAGAGGCAGGCCGAGCAAGAGCUGCUCUUCCGGAAGCAGGCUCUGCUCCUGGAGCAGCAGCGUAUUCACCAGCUGAGGAACUACCAGGCUUCCAUGGAGGCUGCGGGGCUGUCGGUCCCCUUCGCGGCACACCGGCCCCUGUCACGGGCGCAGUCGUCCCCGGCCUCCGCCACCUUUCCUAUCGCUGUCCCGGAACCGCCCACCAAACCCCGUUUCACCACCGGACUGGUGUACGACACGCUGAUGCAGAAGCAUCAGUGCAUGUGCGGCAACACCAACACGCACCCGGAGCACGCGGGCCGCAUCCAGAGCAUCUGGUCGCGGCUGCAGGAGACAGGCCUGCGGGGAAAGUGUGAGUCCGUCCGUGGUCGGAAGGCCACCCUAGAGGAGCUGCAGUCUGUCCACUCUGAGGCCCACGUCCUGCUGUACGGCACCAAUCCGCUGCGGCAGAAGCUGGACAGUUCAGUGACACCCAUGUUCGUCAGGCUGCCCUGUGGCGGCAUUGGGGUGGACAGCGACACCAUCUGGAACGAGGUGCACUCCUCCAGUGCUGCCCGUUUGGCUGUGGGUUCCGUUGUCGAGCUAGUCUUCAAAGUAGCAUCUGGAGAACUAAAGAAUGGAUUCGCUGUGGUGAGGCCCCCAGGGCACCACGCUGAAGAGAGCACCCCCAUGGGAUUCUGCUACUUCAACUCGGUGGCCAUUGCUGCCAGACUGCUACAGCAGAGGCUCAGUGUUAGCAAGAUCCUCAUCGUGGACUGGGAUGUUCACCAUGGCAACGGGACACAGCAAGCCUUCUACAGCGACCCCAAUGUCCUGUACUUGUCCCUCCAUCGCUAUGACGACGGCAACUUCUUCCCUGGCAGUGGCGCCCCAGAUGAGGUGGGCACCGGUCCUGGAGUUGGCUUUAACGUCAACAUGGCCUUCACUGGAGGCCUAGACCCCCCCAUGGGAGAUGUGGAGUACCUGGCAGCUUUCAGGACCGUGGUGAUGCCCAUUGCCAACGAGUUUGCCCCAGAUGUGGUGCUGGUUUCCUCGGGUUUCGACGCUGUGGAGGGCCACCCACCCCCCCUGGGAGGAUACAGACUGACGGCCAAAUGCUUCGGAUAUCUGACCCGACAGCUGAUGGGGCUGGCCGGCGGCCGUGUGGUGCUGGCCCUGGAGGGCGGCCACGAUCUCACCGCCAUCUGUGAUGCCUCUGAGGCAUGUGUCUCCGCCCUGCUGGGGAACGAGCUGGAGCCGCUGCCCCAGGAGGUGCUGCAACAGAGGCCCAACAUCAAUGCUGUGCGCUCCAUGGAGAAGGUUCUGGAGAUCCACAGUAAAUACUGGCCUUCGGUACAGCGACACGCCUCCACGCUGGGCUACUCCCUGAUCGAGGCCCAGAAGUGUGAGACCGAGGAGGCGGAGACCGUCACAGCCAUGGCCUCACUGUCUGUGGCCGCCAAGCAAAUGGAGAAAAGGCCGGAGGAGGAGCCUAUGGAGGAGGAGCCUCCCAUGUAGUGGCGGCCCAGGGGGGCUGCCUUGAGACAUCCACACGCAGAAAGGGGGCAACAUCAGAGUCCACGACUCCACACUGCCCGUCACCUAUCUCCGUUUCUUUUUAGUCCCGCCUCCCCUUUCCCACUUCCCCUUCCUGGCUGCAUCCUAUUGGCGGCAGCUCACCGGGGGGGGGGAUGGGCACAGCGCCUGAGAACGGGGGAGCCGAAACGGACCGAAGACAAACUGAGACUCCGCUCUGGAGUAACGCGUGCAGACCCCGGCGGUGGAGACUUUAGGCCUGGUCCGCGGACGGAGCGGUUUGUUUUACGCGGGAUGCGGGAGCCGUGCUUUUGAGCCACCCGACGCGGUCAGCAAGGUGCACCCUGUCGCCGGGGCAAUGCACAGCGGCCCCUCCCUUCGUCCCAUCCUCGGAGUUUCCGUCCCCUUUAUUGAACGACGGGACUUUACGAGAAACAGAUCUCAUUCCUUUCAUCCAAUUUGAUAACUACUGCUUUGAAGGACACGUCACGGAGAACCUGGGAAUGCCGGUGGGAUGAGCACCGGCUUCCUGGGGGAAGAGGACGCUUCUCGCCGUGGGUGCCUCGCUCCGGCUUUUGUAAGCAUGUGGGGAAAACCGAACGUUUGUGCCUUUUUUUUCGUUUUAUGUUCCGUUUUGUUCGUUUUUAAAAGACCUAGCUGGUUAUUGUGAUGAAUUCAGAUGAACGUUGCCUUAAAUAUGUCAUGUAAUCGAGAGAGCCUUUGCCCCCACCCCCAAGUCCCACCACCCUGGGAUGGACGGACACAGUUCUGCCACAGAAGGACAAGAACCGUCAGCAUGUGGGCAGCCUUUGGUUUACGCAGUUUUGGAGGAUUUUGCCCCCCACCCAAACCCCCUUAUUUCCACCUAAACCCGUUUAUUAGUCCCUUAUUAAGGUGUAAAUGAACUGGACUGUAAGGUAGUUGCCGAUUUAAUAGGGGCCAACGUUGUGAGAUGGCAUCCGAGCUGACGUGUCCCUCUGACUGUUAGGGUCACCCAUGUAGCGCCUGUCCUAACCCUCGACCAAAUAAGAAGUCUGUUUUUCUAGGAAAUUAAGGAGCAUGUCCUGUACCAUACUGUACCGUACCAGAGCAGCUUGCCAGACGCUGUUUAAGAUGCUAACAAGUCUUAGUAGAGAAAAAGAAACAAAAAUCAACAAAAAAAAACAAAGCAUGAGUUUGCUUUCAGCUGAAGUUUUGUGCCACUAGUUAUGCAAGCUUAUCGGCGCGGGCCUGAGGUCCACGCCGGCGUACGGACUCUUUUACACUUCGGGGGGGAAUUGCGGUCGAGCUUCUCCCUUCUCGGCGUUCAUGUGUCCGAGCUUAAUGGGCGAGCAGCUCAAACCGUCUGUCUUGAUUAGUUGUUUUUUUUUCCCCUCCUUUUUUGUUUAAUUUUCUAUUUCUUCUUUCCGCUCAAGUGACUGCAGCUUGGAGUGAGAGAACCAGGCUCCGCUUGUCCCCGGGUGCGAUAGUGGGGGAGCCGGCGGGGUGUGGGACUCGGGUCCGACACCAGGCUUGAGUAGCAGAACUGUUCCAUUGGGGAUGAUGGGUGUGUGUUCUUGGACAACCUGCAUGAGAUUUAGAAACUGAAUACACUAAUUCUAUAUGAAAUAACCACACAUAAAUGUUUGCAUUAAUAUGUAUAUAUUGUAUACGUAUAAGGCAUAUAUGUAUACAGGGAUACAUACUGUAAACUGAUCAUUUUUUGUGACUUUGACUAUUUUUUUGGUCUGAGAAGAAUAGAGACUGACCUCAAAAGGGGGGUCCCAGCUUUUUAGAUUCCAGUGAAUGUUUAGAUUCUUGGCAACUACCUUAUUUUAUUGAGCUCACAAUCAGAUAUUACAAUCCUUCUGUGCGAUGCGAUAAAAAUUGCAACGUGAGAACGGACGCUUUUGCCGUUACCGUUGUCAUCUUUCCUCAGCUGGCAGGAGAUUCCGUGACAUGGUUUCCAUGACAAUUCCAGUUUUUUUUUUUUUUUUUAAGACAUUUUUAUUCCCGGUCAUGUGUAUUUUUUGACUUGUACAGCAUUUAUUUUUAUGAUUAAUUUUUGUGUUCUCCUAAGAAUGUUUCGGGGUUUCUUGUUUACGCGUUUUGUUGUGUGUACAGUUCGAGAUUAAGUUCGCGCAUUUUGCGGAUUCCGUAUGGAUUGAGUUCAGACUUUCCGGUCGUGGGAUUUGGCCUUGGGGGUCUAGGAACGGUGCAGUUGGACUCUUUUGCAUUGUACCAAUUGUGUAUUUACUAUAUGUUCUGUUCAUAGUAGAUUUAUAUAUGGAAAAAAAAUCUAUAAAUAUAUAUAUAUUAUAUAUAUAUAUAUAAAUAUAUAAAUGAUGCAAUCUUGUUUAAAAUUGUCUUGCAGGGAGAUGUUCCCACAUGUCAAGUUUGGCUGGGUGUGC